CGUCGCGUCGUCGGAGGCGGGGCUAAAAGGCAAUCCCGACAUGCCCCGGGGAAGGCGAGUAGGCCAACGACAAUGGAGGCCAACGCGGCGCCUGCGGUGCUGCGAGUGAGGCGGAAGCGCGGCGCGGAUCCCGCCGAGGCGCUCGUCCUCUCGUGUAAACGGCUGCGGAGCGGAGCCUCCGAAGAGGGGGCGGUGGCCCCGGAACCGGGGCCCGUGGAGGAGAACGUCUUCAAACUGGCGGCCACCGUGUCUUCCCAGGAUGAGCCUGUUCAGAAGUAUGUCCGAGAAGCCAUCACCAGAGAGAAAGCCACCAGAGCCCUGACUCCUUCACUAGAAAGUCAUCAGAGAAUCCGUCAGGAUCUCCUUGCAGCAAAGCAGAUGAGCCGGCAGGACGACCGCUACCGCCUGGUCUCCAAACACCGGGCCCCAUGUGUGCAGGUGGGGGCAACCCUGCUGGCCGUGGAAGCUGCCAAGAGGAUUGAGCAGGACAGGCUGACUCCCGAGGCUACCAAACCAACAGCCCAAAAAGGAAGCAACAUGGCAGGCGUCCUCUCCUCUUCUGUGGAAGAAUUCCAGCUGUUUGACAUCAUUCAGGAGGACCUUGCUGAGAAAGAGACUCUCUCUAUUCCUGCCUCCGGCUCCGAGAAAUCUGAUCCAGACGUGAUACUUUGUAAUUCAGUAAAGAUGAUUCGUGAACGGCUAUCAAUCUCCAAGGAUGGAAAAGGAACUGAGCACCGAGAGAAGGACGAUGAUUAUGUCUAUGACAUUUACUAUAUGGAGACACUUACCUCAGGAUGGAUUGAAAGCAUCCUCUCUGUGCAACCAUACAGUCAGGAGUGGGAGCUGGUAGCUGAUGAUCAUCAAGCAGAGGAGAUUGACGAUGAUGAUGAAGAUGAGAACAGUGAGAAUCACUGGCGUAACGAGUACCCUGAUGAGGAAGAAGGAAGCAGUGACAGAGCAAGCACCAGAGGGUCUGAUGAAGAAUAUGGCAGCUUUAGUGACGAGGAAAGUAGCGUCAUCAGACCAAAGAAGUGGAACAAAUAUCCCUAUGACGUGCUGAAAGAGUUUGAGUAUGACAGCUCUCAGGACUUGGAUUCAGAUUGAGAAAUACUCAAGCAUUCACCAGUUGCCUGGGACAAGACCUCUGGCAGCUCUGGCCAUAGGCAUCAUAUGCCUUUUUGCUAUUGACCCUGUUCCAGUAUCAUAACUUACCUUGAAAGGGGAAAGGAUUAAGAAAAACACACUUCUGAAAUAUUUGACCCUCCAGUCAAACUCUGGCCUCCAGACAAUUUUGUGCUGCUGGAAAAGGAAAAACCUAUAAAAAAAGCAGAGCUCCUUUACCUCUAUCAGCAGUAUUACCCAUUGGUAUGGGAAGAAAAUCCUUUCACCUGACACUGCCGGAAAAUAUUUUCAUUUCCCUACUCUUUAUUUUAGCCCUUUCAUAUGAUUUUCCUUCUUCUGUUUGAAGAGCUGACUCUACAUCUUCCUUAAUAUUGAAUCUUAAUUAAUUGAAUAAUUGAAGAGAAGUUAACUUUUGAAGCCAAUAAGUAUGGAUAUCACUAAUGUGCUUCAGAGGAAAAGAUUGAUCUUCUCCAGCUUCCGUCCUGCUGCUGGAGGCGGGUCAUGAUUCAUGCUGCUGAACUGAGGCCUUUGUGAGCUCUAGUGUUAAAGGCACAAACAACUGCAAAAGGCUGCACUGAUAGUAUACACUUUAUUAACAAAAACAUAUGCAUGUUCACUAAGGUGGUUUCCAGUUGUAAAGAUAUUACAGUGAAAAUAAUCCAUAUUGAUACUUUCCCAUUUCUCAUCUGUGGCCUUAUUUUGAUCCUGCUUGUAGAGUUAGGGGUCAUUUGAUGGAAAUGCCAAGGAAGCUAUAUAUAUGUCUGUAUGUAUGUAUAUAUGUGAAUUUGAUGCACUGAUUGUAUUAAAAAUUAUUUUGGAACAUGAAAGAAAAUAUUCCUUAAAAACUCUUCAGUAUCACAUGUCACAACUUUUCCUUCCCUAAAGUUAGCAAUGAAACAGCAAUGAUCAA